ACUUGCAUAAACAAAUAAAAAUAAUUUUAAGAUAAAAAUUAAAUUACACAAUAAAUGCAACUUACACGAUUGUUACUAAAACCAAAAGCUUCACAUGUAUUGACAGCGUAUUUGAAACAAUGUAAUGAACCACCCUGGACUUCCUAUUUUGUGAAGUUAAAAGAUGUUCAGAACGAUCAAUGGGGUAAAUCACAUUUUAAUUGGACCCUAGAUACGGGUACAAAUUAUCAUAUUUUGCGUACAGCCUGUUAUCCUUAUCUAAAAUAUCAUUGUAGUAAAAGAGAAAUUCAGGAUUUAUCAUUGGAAGAUAAGUUUUUUCGUUUUUUGAAAAUUAUUAAUUUGGGUUUACCAAUGUUAUUUUAUGGUUUAGCAGCUAUACGUUUAAUUAGUCACGAAGAGAUUGUUAUAAUGCCCGACGGAGAAAAGGUCACCAUUUAUUUUUUAUAUGCUGAAGAUAAAGGCUCUCGUUUUUAGUUGAUUCUUUUAUUUUAAUAAAUUAUUUUUAAUAAUUAGAUUUCAUUUAAA